AUGACAAUUAUUCUUCAAAAAUUACAACGUAACGUGUUUGUUAUCAUUUAUGCCACAAGCACUGCAGCCUUUCAACUUUGUCUAACCAUACUUUUCUUCAAGCUUUUUCAUUUUUCAUUCUUUCUUUCUUUCUUUCUUUCUUUCUUUCUUUCUUCAGUCUUCCAUUUUAUUUCUUCGUCAGUUUCAUUAUUGCUUUUCCAUUCUUUCUUUCUUUCUUUCUUUCUUUCGUUCAGCAUCAAAGCAUUUUCUUUCUUUCUUUCUUUCUUUCUUCAUCAUUUUUCUUUUCUCUGUAUACUUCUUCGUUUUUAUCUUAUUUUAUUGAUUUUUCUUUCUUUCUUUCUUUCUUUCUUUCUUUCUUCAUUGCACCUUUUUCUCUCUUUCUUAGUUCAUAGUUGUUUUUUCUUUCUUUCUUUCUUUUUCUUUAUCUUUUCUUUCUCUGUCUUUAUCGCUCCUCUUUCUUUCUUUCCUUCUUUACUUUCUUUCUUUCUUUCUUUCUUUCUUUCUUUCUUUCUUUCUUCAUUAUUUUUCUUUUUUUUCUUUCUUCAUCGAUUUCAUAUUUGCUUUUUAUUUCUUUCUGUCUUUUUUAUCAUAGUUUUUCUUUUCUCUGUAUCCUUCAUUUUUGUCUUAUUUUAUUGCUUUUUCUUUCUUUCAGUCUUUCUUUCUUUCUUUCUUUCUUUCUUUCUUUCUUUCUUAGUUCAUAAAAUUUAUAUUUACUAUAAAUUUUUAUCACUCUCUUUUCUUUCUUUCUUUCUUUCUUUCUUUCUUUCUUUCUUUCUUUCUUUCUCUUUCUUUCUUUCUUUCUUAGUUGCCAUUUAUUCAUUCUUUCUUUCUUUUUUCAUCUUGACAUUUAUUCAUUCUUUCUUUCUUUUUUCAUCGUUUCUCCCUGAUUUCUAUCAUUCCCUUUUCUUUCUUUCUUUCUUUCUUUCUUUCUUUCUUUCUUAG